UUAAUGACGCCACCCACUUGAGCGCGACGCGAUCGCUUUGGUUAUUGCAAGAACUCGUCUUGUCGUUUGACGCUGACUCCAUCUUUUCAGGCAUACCUACCCGCCACGAUAUCGUAAAAUCCGGUCGUAGAUGCCGCCUUUACCAGAGACUGAAGAAAAUUCAACAGGGAUGGCCGAAGGAGAAGAUGUAGAUCUGAAGGGCCAGCCACAACAGCUGAAUUCAGUUCUAGUUGAGAGCACAGACGUUCCAUUGUCCACUGUAGCGUCGGCAGCCGAGGCUGCUGAGAACUUUCAUGAAAAACAUGUUCCACCACCCCCAACCCUCUUGCGGGACCACAACCGGGCGCACUCGAAUGCAAUAAGACGUUCACGAAGCAUAUCCCAGAUGUCCCUCACGUCCGAAACAAGCAAAGUCUCGUACCUCACUCUCCCCGGAAGCGUUAUUGGAGAAGACGGCUAUGCAACUGGAGUCGUCUAUGAAUAUUACAAGGGAGACUUUGGAGCACUUCCUGACUUCAACACCUUGGAACACUUCAGCGCCGGGAUAUCAAAGUCCAUCUCCAUCGAUGCCAAAACAGAAGCAACCUUUUUUGACCCGGGAUUGCAAAAAGGGCGAUCAACCGAAGUGGGAAAUUUUGCAGUACGAUUCACUGCGCAGCUCAAAAUACCUCACGCCGGAACAUGGACAUUUUACUUGUCAUCCAAUGAUGGGUCGGCGCUGUAUGUAUCCGGAAAGAAAGUCAUUGACAAUGAUGGAUCUCAUUAUUCCGUGGAGAAAGAGGGAACGCUUCGAAUACCCGGUCCCGGAUACUAUCCCAUAACUGUGUGUUUCUUCCAUCGAAACGGAAAGCUUCUUGAGGGAGUGCGACAGGGAGCCUCGUUGUCUCUUUCGUAUUACUGUGCUGGAACGGGGUGGUUGCCAUACCCGUCAGAUCGGGUUGCAAAAACUGUUAUUCCUGAAUCCUCCCUGUUUUACAAUCCUCGGGAAGAGAAGGUUGUCCGAAUUCUGGAUUCAUCGCAUGCCAUGGCGUGGGAUCUUCCUGAUGAGAAUGAAGAGUCUAGAUUACUGAAUUUGGAGGAGGAUUUGCGAGAUAUGUCUGACAGACUCGUGAGCGUCCAACGGGCGCUAGAAAACGAACGCCAGAGGUCGCAGGAGCUAGUGAGCCGGCUAUUGGAGAUGCCGCUAUUCCGUCGUUCUUCGGAUCAGUCGUUCAAUCUCCUGUUGGAACACCACGCCCAUGGAUCAGACGAAUUAUUUGAGAACAUGCAUGUCCAACAGAUGGAAUUCGUGACGAAGCACGUCGCCGAUGUGAAGCGGCUGAAGACGGCUUACUUCUUUGCGUUGGGUGUUCAAGCAAAAAUGAGGCAGGGGCAAAAUAACUUUAGCGUCCAAGAGGCAUACGAGCGUUGUGUGAGAGACAACAUUCCAGUAGAGGAUUGGCCGGGGUUUCUCCGAACUGCCAUGGCACAAGCUAAAGACAAUCCCCGGUUAACACAGUAGUGCAUUGGACAUCAACGUAUUAGCUCGAACUCUAUGAUUAUCGCGCGUGCCACCCGCAAACCUCUGAUAUUGACCUAGUACCCUCAUUUCGGCGGACGGCGUACUCGUGAAACGACUACCAUAUUUUGCAACAUUACUAGGUGCGAAAUCUUUAUAUAUUGCUGGAAACCUUCCGUGACAGAUAUAUGUGCAAAAUUGUAAACUUAAUCAUGAAUAUUCAUUCAUAUAUUAAAUAUUUGAACACCCACGCGUGAAUUUAUAUAACUUUGUGUCUGUAUGCCGUAAGUCGCGUCUCUCUAUGAAUCGAAAUCAACAUCA